CUUACCAGCAGUAUAUGGAGUGAUCCAGUUUCUCUGCAUCUUAGCCACCAUUUGGCGUUAUCACUGUUUUUCAUUUUAGCCAUUCUGAAUAUGGUUUCUAGUUUUAGAGUUUCUGAACUACAAGUAUUACUAGGCUUUGCUGGACGGAAUAAAAGUGGACGCAAGCAUGACCUCCUGAUGAGGGCCCUGCAUUUAUUGAAGAGCGGCUGCAGCCCUGUGGUUCAGAUUAAAAUCCGAGAAUUAUAUAGACGCUGAUAUCCACGGACUCUUGAAGGGCUUUCUGAUUUAUCUACAAUCAAACCAUCAGUUUUCAGUUUGGAUGGUAGCUCAUCACCUGUAGAACCAGAUUUGGCUGUGGCUGGAAUCCACUCGUUGCCUUCUACUUCAGUAACAUCUCACUCACCGUCCUCUCCUGUUGGUUCUGUGCUACUGCAAGAUACUAAGCCCAGUUUUGAGAUGCAGCAACCAUCUCCUCCAAUUCCUCCUGUCCAUCCUGAUGUGCAGUUAAAAAACCUGCCUUUUUAUGAUGUCCUUGAUGUUCUCAUCAAGCCUACAAGUUUAGUUCAAAGCAGUAUUCAACGAUUUCAAGAGAAGUUCUUUAUUUUUGCUUUGACACCACAACAAGUUAGAGAGAUAUGCAUAUCAAGGGACUUUUUGCCAGGUGGUCGGAGAGAUUAUACAGUUCAAGUUCAGCUGAGACUUUGCCUGGCAGAGACAAGUUGUCCUCAAGAAGAUAACUAUCCAAAUAGUCUGUGUAUAAAAGUAAAUGGGAAGCUGUUUCCUUUACCUGGCUAUGCACCACCACCUAAAAAUGGGAUUGAGCAGAAGCGCCCUGGACGCCCUUUGAAUAUUACAUCUUUAGUUAGGUUGUCUUCAGCUGUGCCAAAUCAGAUUUCUAUUUCUUGGGCAUCUGAAAUUGGAAAGAAUUAUUCCAUGUCUGUAUAUCUUGUACGACAACUGACAUCAGCCAUGUUACUACAGAGAUUAAAAAUGAAAGGUAUUAGAAACCCUGAUCAUUCCAGAGCACUAAUUAAAGAAAAACUUACUGCAGAUCCUGAUAGUGAAAUUGCUACAACUAGUCUUCGAGUGUCCUUGACAUGCCCUCUAGGAAAAAUGAGACUAACAAUCCCAUGCCGUGCAGUGACGUGUACCCAUCUGCAGUGUUUUGAUGCUGCCCUUUAUCUACAAAUGAAUGAAAAGAAGCCCACCUGGAUUUGUCCAGUGUGUGAUAAAAAAGCUGCAUAUGAAAGUCUAAUAUUAGAUGGGCUUUUUAUGGAAAUUCUCAAUGACUGUUCUGAUGUGGAUGAGAUCAAAUUCCAAGAAGAUGGUUCUUGGUGUCCAAUGAGGCCGAAGAAAGAAGCUAUGAAAGUAUCCAGCCAGCCAUGUACAAAAAUAGAAAGUUCAAGCGUCCUCAGUAAGCCUUGUUCAGUUACUGUAGCCAGUGAAGCAAGCAAGAAGAAAGUGGAUGUUAUCGACCUAACAAUAGAAAGCUCUUCUGAUGAAGAGGAAGACCCUCCUGCCAAAAGGAAAUGCAUCUUUAUGUCUGAAACACAAAGCAGCCCAACCAAAGGGGUUCUCAUGUAUCAGCCAUCUUCUAUAAGGGUGCCCAGUGUGACUUCAGUUGAUCCUGCUGCUAUUCCGCCUUCAUUAACAGACUACUCUGUGCCAUUCCACCACACGCCAAUAUCGAGCAUGUCAUCAGAUUUGCCAGGAGAACAAAGAAGAAAUGCUAUUAAUAAUGAACUGCAGCUUGGAACAUCUUCUGAUACUGUGCAACAGUGAAUGCAAAAUAAAACAUAUAAUUUGUAUUUAUGGAGUGGAAAACAGCUUAUUUCAAGAAAAAAAAUAUGACUGCCUUAUUAUUGUUAGUGCCAUACUGUCAGGUUUGGAUUUUCUUUCCCUUAUUCCAGUUGAUCCCCAGUACUGUCCUCCUAUGUUUUUGGAUAGUCUCACCUCACCCUUAACAGCAAGCAGUACGUCUGUCACCACCACCAGCCCCCAUGAAAGCAGUACUCAUGUUAGUUCAUCCAGAAGCAGGAGUGAGACAGGGGUCAUAACCAGCAGUGGAAGUAGCAUUCCUGACAUCAUCUCAUUGGACUAAAGAAGGAGGCACUUGAUUCUGGGAAUCAUUCAUCAAAACUGUUUUUUCUUGGAUCUCUGAUCCAUUGAAGCUUUUUUGUUUUUUGUUUUUUUCAAUUUGAUAUUUAUUGAAACAUCAGAUGGAUUCUUUCACUUUCUGAGAGAUGAACAUAUAUGACAGCAACAAGAACCCAAUGACAGGCAAGGACUUCUUACAAAUGCCCUGCGCUUGAGAAUCAGAUACUUUCAGCCAUUAACAGUGUCUUGAGCAGUGGAUUCCAAUUUCAUGUGUUACUGGACGGAUUCUACAAAUUAUUUUAAAAUUUUUUGUUAUAUAAUAAACAGCAAUAAAAAUCCUGUAAAUACGUAAUUUUUUUUUAAUUAGAAAAAGAUGUAAUCAUUGAUUCUAAAGUGACAGCAAGUUCUGUUUAACUCAGUGUAAAGGAGGAAGUAUAUGGAAAGAAGUUGUGUUUUGUGAAUGAAUCCUUUCCAUGGAGAUUUGUUCUGCUUUAUUAAGGUAAUGAAGUUUCAAUCAGUGAUCAGAGGUUGGGUUCCACUCUAGUGGGACUGCAGGUCUACUUUUCUAAAUGAGUCCAUCAAGGAAAAAUGGCUUCUGUGUUGUUAAUUUCCCCCUGGUUGUCAUGUAUAUUUUGAAUACUGUGUGCUAAUGAAUACUGAGUGAAGUUCUGAGCUUUGGCUGCUCUUUUUUAUUGAUGUUUAAGAACACUAUGCAGAUUCUGUCCUGAUGACGUUAUUUUUUGUUAACUGUACAUUCUCAUUCUAGAGUUUUCUAUACUUUUGAGGCUUGCCUUCUUAGGAAAGAAACUGUCUCCAGCCUUUGAGGUAAGGUGCAGUUGGAAAGUUUGUUAGAUUUUUGUGUGUGUGUGAUGUCCAAAAGUAUUGAUACUUGAAGGCAGUAGCAGAACAGAUUUAUGAAUAUGGUUAAUAACAAUACUUUGUAAGAACUUAAAUUGCACCUUUAUUUUUUUUAAAUUUAUUUUAUUUAUUUUUAUUUUUUGGGAGGCCCCUCAGGA